UCGCUGUCAAGGUGUCUGGGAAUACGACAAAGAUAGAGCUUGCUGAGUGUUUGCAUUGAAAUGAGGGCUUGUCCAACGUAAGUAAGUGCGAAAAGGCAGACAGACACCGGCUGCAGCCCAUCCUACCCAUCCAGCGGAGCAGACCGCACAAAGAAGUGCAAAUUAUUAAAUCCUUCUGCUCUUAAAAACACAACCAGCGUCGUCUGGAAGAGAUGGCAAGCCAUUAAAUGGUGUGGUAUCAUAUCGACUGUGGUCAUCGGAUAUAUAAACGCGUUAAAGUAAGAUAUACAUCUAGCCACUAGAGUUGAGAUGGAGUUGGAACAUUUCGACGAACGAGACAAAGCACAAAGAUACAGCCGUGCGGGUUCACGGGCGAACGGCCUUCCCAGCCCCACGCACAGCGCCCACUGUAGUCUGUACCGAACCCGAACUCUGCAAGCUCUGAGCUCAGAGAAGAAAGCCAAGAAGGUCCGGUUCUACCGCAAUGGAGACCGCUACUUCAAAGGGAUUGUGUACGCUAUCUCCAACGACAGAUUCAGAUCUUUUGACGCUCUGCUAGCAGACCUUACCCGCUCUCUAUCAGAUAAUGUCAAUCUGCCCCAGGGCGUGCGGACCAUUUAUGCCAUUGAUGGAUCCAAGAUUACAAGCAUGGAGCAGCUGGUGGAAGGGGAGAGCUAUGUGUGUGGAUCCAUUGAGCCUUACAAGAAUUUGGAAUACACCAAGAAUGUCAACCCCAACUGGUCAGUUAACGUCAGGACCAGUCCCUCAGCACGAGUGCCCACCUCUCUGGCCAGUGCCAAAACUGACUCCUUAGAAACCAAGGAUAACAAGGAUUUCAUCCGGCCCAAGCUAGUGACCAUAAUCCGCAGUGGGGUGAAGCCUCGAAAAGCUGUCCGCAUCCUUCUCAACAAGAAAACGGCCCACUCCUUUGAGCAGGUUCUCACGGACAUUACUGAUGCUAUCAAACUUGACUCGGGGGUUGUCAAGAGGCUGUAUACAGUGGAUGGUAAACUGGUGAUGUGCCUUCAGGACUUCUUUGGUGAGGAUGAUAUAUUUAUUGCCUGUGGCCCAGAGAAAUUCCGCUACCAGGAUGACUUCUUGUUAGAUGACAGUGAGUGCAGAGUGGUGAAAUCACAGUCCUAUGGCCGCAUUUCUUCCAUGCAGGGCCGCUGCUCUCCUCGCAGUGGUGGAACUUCGAGAAGGAGCAAGUCUCCUGGUUCCAGCAGCUCAGCUAAUGGAACAGCAGGCAGUCAGCUGUCCACUCCACGAUCAGGCAAAUCUUUCAGUCCAUCUCCCACCAGUCCAGCCAGUUUGAGGAGACGAAGGGGCUCCCAGCAUAGUGGAUCCUCCCUUUCUCUGGCCUCCACCAAGGUGUGCAGCUCCAUGGAUGAGGGCGAUGGGCCGGGCAGUGAAGCUGAGUUGAUGGAGGUUUGUCCUCAGGUUCCUGCCUCCAUUGCAGAGAGGUACAAGGUAGGGAGGAUGAUUGGGGAUGGGAACUUCGCCGUGGUCCGAGAAUGUAUGGAGAGAUCCACAGGUCGAGAAUAUGCUCUGAAGAUCAUCAACAAGAGCAAAUGCAGGGGGAAGGAACACAUGAUCCAGAAUGAGGUAUCUAUUCUUCGGAGAGUGAAGCAUCCAAAUAUUGUUCUACUGAUUGAGGAAAUGGACACUUAUAACGAUCUCUACCUUGUCAUGGAGCUGGUCAAGGGCGGUGACCUCUUUGAUGCCAUCACCUCCUCAAACAAGUAUACAGAGCGGGACGCCAGCGGCAUGCUGUAUAACCUGGCCAGUGCUAUCAAAUAUCUGCACAGCCUUAACAUUGUUCACCGCGACAUCAAACCUGAGAAUCUCCUGGUUUAUGAGCACCAGGAUAGAAGCAAGUCUCUGAAGCUUGGGGAUUUUGGCUUGGCAACAGUUGUAGAUGGACCUCUCUACACUAUAUGUGGCACCCCAACUUAUGUAGCUCCAGAGAUCAUUGCAGAGACGGGGUAUGGCUUGAAGGUUGAUAUCUGGGCGGCUGGUGUCAUAACAUACAUACUACUUUGUGGGUUCCCUCCAUUCCGUGGAAGCACAGAUGAUCAAGAAGCUCUUUUUGAUCAGAUUCUGAUGGGACAGCUGGAUUACCCUCCUCCAUACUGGGACAAUGUUUCAGACUCUGCAAAGGGGCUUAUAACCUGCAUGCUACAGGUUGAGGUCGACGAGAGGUACACAGCUCUACAGGUGCUAGACCAUCCCUGGGUCAAUGAUGACAGAAUGUUGGAGAAUGAGCACCAGUUGUCUGUGGCUGGCAAGAUUAGAAAACAUUUCAACACCGGUCCCAAACCCAACAGCAGCACAGCAGGGGUCUCUGUCAUAGCAACCACCCCUCUUGAUAAGGAGAGGCAGGUUUUCAGACGAAGACGCAACCAGGAUGUGAGAACCACAGCUCCACGUACCACCCGGAGCACCUUUCCCUCCAGCCUUACCACCUGCGCCUCUGGCCCCACCCUCUCCACGGUUGAUUUCACCUCAGAGUCUGAAGACAUUUCUCCCAGCUCAGCCGAUACGGUCCGCUCUCCCACCUCACCAUUUUAACACCUCACACUUGAGAAAGUGAAGGUAACCUUACUUGUGAAUGAAACUAGAUGACAAAAUAAUGGUUUAACUCUUUUGUUAAUGAUUGAAAUCAAAGAACAGUAGAAAGCACAACAGAAAUGAUUGCUGUGAGGCAAAUGCAUAUGUUUUUUUGUCUAUAUCGAGUUUGAUUUCAUUAAAUGAAUGUAUCGAGUUUGGUUACAUUAAGUGGAUGGCAGAUAGGUGGGUCAGAUAUAAUGGUUUUCGCUGCCUAAAAUCUGUGAGGGUGAACUAGAUUUAGUAUGAAAACAAUCUCACACUUUUCAGCAAUUUAUUGUAGUUUUUAAUUUCAGUUUGAAGAAGCAGCCUUUUUCUCUUCAUCAAAACUAAAUGUUUGGUGCUAAAUGACUCUGAGAUUGUUUAACCAUUAUGUUUAGACCAUCUGCCUUUACAUGUAUGUCCUUGUAAUAAGCCCCCUCUGUUUUUAUGCCCUCUAGUGUUGAAUAAAGGGUAACGCAGCUAUUUAUCCCUCACUAUUCAAGUUAUAAAUUAGUCAGGAAUGCUUUAAAAAGCAUGUCAGAUAUCUAAACAUUAACUUUUAUCCCUGUAAUAAACCUGGGAUGUCUUAUCGGCAUCUUUUCUUUUUGUGACAAAAUCUUGUAUGUGGGUUUCUACCUUUUUGUAUGAACUUUCAAAUAUUUGUAAAAAAUAUUUUAGGUUUGUACAUUUAUUUCAACGUAAUAACCUAUAUUUGCAUAUUUAAUUUUUUUCUCUCAGAACAUGUUUUGAUUUCUGUCUGUUAGACCUUAUAAUGUUCUUUAUAAUAUGUGUGAAAUGCCUAUAUAGUGUUUAUGUUGCUAGAAGUAGUGCUUGAUUUGAACUUUAACCUAAUGCAGUUGAACUGAUAGGUGCUGAUAAAUUACAAUGAAAAGUACUAGAAACUCUUAUUUCUUCAUCUGUACGUUAGGUUCUGUCAGUACAACAUGAGUCAUGAAUAUAUAUUUAUUGUACAGCUGCUUCCCUGAAUCAUUAAUUCUCACAGUAGUACUUGUGCAUAGAUGAGAGAACAGAAUUAAUGAAAAAUAGCUGAGCUGGAAACUAGAUUAGCUUGUUAGUUAUUCAAAAGUUUAACAAUCUGGAAAAUGAAGGUACAUGUCAGGAUAUUUUGGCAAAGCUUAUAGAUACUUGUCUUUUUUAUUGUUGGAUGUAAGGAGCAUCUGCAGCCUUUUGGGUUCAGCAGUGACAUGAUUAUGGAAACGAAUGUGUCUUUUGUAUGUUUUGUAAAGCAAUGUCCAAGCAAGAGAAUGAUAGGUAAUGUUUUAUGAGGUGAAGACACAUUUUUUUUUUUAUAAUGCAUACAUAUUUCAAUAACUAUUCACUUUUGCAUUAAGAUUCGUAAAACACUUUCUUAAAGAUCUGUUUAUAAAAAAUUAGAUUGCUAACUAAGCAUCAUUUGUCAGUGUUCAUUAUCAUAAGUAAUGCCAUAAUGAGAAUUAUUUAUUCAUAACCAUUCAAAUCCACAUAAAUUUGAAAACUCUAAUUUUGUGCAUUUUUAUUAUAAAAAUUAAUGCUUUGCAAUAAGGUUUUAUGUGUUAACAUUGUUUAAUGCAUGAGAUAUUAUGAACUGACAAUGAACAAUAUUUGUAAUAGCGUUCAGUAAUCUUUGCUAAUAUUAAUUUAUAAAUACACCAUGUUUGUUGUUGUUUCAAUGCAUACAUAUAGCAUUUAUUAAUC